CUCCGCUCCGCCGCCGACAGUAUUGUGUAAACCCGCUAGGGGAAUAUACGCAUUUUUGCACACAAAAAUACCAAUCCAUAUUCAUAUUCUCGUCACAUCUAACCAUUUAAAAUGUAUUUUAAGUAAUCAGCUACGAAUUCUGUGAGAAAUUUCAAGAGAAACCGCCAUUUUGAAACCGGAUAGCAGCAGUUUGAAGAUCGAUAAUGUCGGACUCGGACACAAGCUCGAGCAGACAGCGCUUCUCCAAGAAGAUGAUCCCGACGCGCGAGCUGAUAGCGCAGGUGCGCCAGCGCCGCUGCCUGUGGGACCGCCGCCACGCCUCCUACCGCGACAAGAUCUACAAGGACAAGUGCUGGCAUGAGAUCUACCUCGCCUUCGAGCCCGCUUACGAAUCGCUCAACGACACCAAGAAGAAUCUUAUAGGUAAUAUAAUCACAAGGAAAUGGUACAAUGUCAGAGACUCAUACGUGAAGUCGCGGAAGCCUGGAGUCCGGAGACCCUAUCUAUACGCCCAGGAGUUGGAGUUCCUCGACCCCAUCUACCUGCUGGACAGGAAAGGUAACGACAAGAGUUUCAUAGAGGAGCGCAUCUCCAAUGACGAUGAAGCAGACGCGGACGCAGAAGCGGACAACACGCACAGCUGGCUGCAGGAGGUGUUCGUGGACAUCUCCGAGGGCGAGGGCGACACGCAGCCGCCGCCUGACUGCCCCCCCAAGCGCGCCAAGCUCGAGUUCAGCAAGGAGGACGGCGACGAGAGCAUCAUCAGCGUCCUCGCCAACCUCAUACAGAAGGAGGAGGAUGAGGACCGCGCUUUCUUCAAGUCCAUUACACCCUCCGUCAAGACGCUCUCCGACAACGCCAAGUUCGAGUUCAGGAUACAAGUCAUGAAGCUCUUACACAGUUUGAAGAUAAGAGACCGCGACGUUGUGAAACUUAAGAGAGAAAGGACUUCCAAUGUUGACUCAGAUAGCGACUGAUUGUUGAUUAUUAUGUUAUGUAUACUUAUUGAAUAAUUUUAAGUAAGUAACACUAUUUUUCUAUUUCAAGUGUUGUUAGAAAGGAAAAAUUAAUUCGUUAUUGUGUAGUGAGAAGGACGUUGCGACAAGGAAUAAGACAACAAAGUUAUCGGAAGCGAAUAUAAUCACCAUUUUUUUUAUUUUGUCCUUAAUCUAAACAAUUAAGUAAGAUAAUAAACCCGUGUAUCUUAA